AUGCUCUCGGGAGCCCUCCCCACCUCCUCAUCUCCCUUCCUCGACCUCACCUUCCUCCCUCUCUACCCUCCUCAUCGCCCGUCCUUGCUUUCGACCGCUACGUAUCCCUCUCUCGUCGCCUCACCCGCCUGGCAAAACCGUUUCGACCUCCUUCAAGUUCUCGGUGAGAAGGACCAGCAUGGCGGAGGAUGGGGCGCGCGAGGGCACACGGUCGACCGAGAUGCGUACGGGAGCACUGGCUGUGUGAAUGCAUCGUGCUGGGACGAGCAGACGGGCAGGCUGGCAACGGCGGGAGAUGACACCAAGAUUUGCAUCUGGUCGCCUGGAGUCGAGGACACGCUGCAAGACGACGGGUCGAAAGUCGUCGCGCCGGGACUCGGCUUCGGGCUGAGCGAGGUCAUCGACACAGGCCACCGAGCAAAUAUCUUCAGCGUCAAGUUCGCUCCUGGCAUGUCGAACCGCCUCUUCAGCUGCGCUGGCGAUUCGACAGUCCGCGUCUUCGACCUCUCGCUCGCUACAAACCCGCAACUCAGCUCCGUCACGAUCCGUCCUCCCGCUUCUUCAGGACACAAGCCUUGGACGCAUCACGAGGACGCGACGGCUUGCACGCGCGUCUUCCGCUGCCACUUUGACCGCGUCAAGCGAGUUGCGACCGAGGCUAGCCCGGAUGUCUUCUUGACUUGCAGCGAGGACGGGACGGUCAGGCAACACGACUUGCGCGAGCACCACAACUGCCGUACCUCGAGGCUGCAGGCGCCUGACGACGUUGACUGCCCUCCGCCUCUCGCCGACUACCCCGGUCUCUCGCUGUACUCGCUCACGAUCAACAAGCUGCGGCCGCACCUCUUCGUCGUGGCCGGCACUUCGCCUUACGCUUUCCUUCACGACCGCCGCAUGAUCCGCGCCCCGAUGCUCCGCGACUGGGGCAUCGCCCCACCCUCCGACCCCUCGUCUUCAUCCCUUACACAAUGCGUCCGCCGCUUCGGCGUCCCUCAUCCAUCGACUCCUCACAAAGGUGAGAUCUCGCACCACAUUGUCGCCGCCAAGCUCUCGCCCGACAACCCGCGCGACUUGCUUCUCAGCUACUCCAGCGCCGGAAUCUACCUCUUCGAUACGGACGGCGAGACCUACGAGCGCCCGCCUCCCCCUCCGUCGGCGUCGAAACAUUCGAAGGGGAAGCAGCGCGCGGCGGAAGACAGCGAAGAAGACGAGCAUGAGCACGAGGACGCGGAGGGCGCAACCCGCGCGCCUGACCAGAAACCUCCCUCUGCCGCUCCCGAGUCACCGAUGUCGACACCCGCUCAACUUUUCGGAGUGCAUGAGCACAAGCGCUCGGCGAAGAAGCGCGGAGCUGGGCGCAGCGCCGAGUCCUCGACGGGGGAGUUGCCGCAGAAGCGCUUGCGUGACGAGGGCAGCGAGGUCGGCGUUGAAGGAGGAGAAGGACAGGUUCCGACAAGCGAGCCUGUCGAGCAUGAGGAUCUUGAGGAGAGGCUGGAGGUAUUGCAGGGUGGUAGUGGGGCGGGCGGAGAUGCGGACGAGAGCGAGGACAGCAGCGAUCAGGAGGAACUGAUGGACGACAGCGACGACGUGGGAGACAGCUCAGCGCGGGGUGAGGGCGAAGAGGACGACGAGGAUGCGACGGAUGAAGAGGGCGGCGAGGAGGAGGAGGACUUCCUGCCGCGCGGCCGAAGGAGGGAGUACCACGCCGACGUUCCGAUGGUCGCACCUCACCAGUCGUAUACAGGUCAUGCCAACACGCAGACGGUCAAGGACGUCAACUUCCUCAACAACAACACGGUCAUCUCGGGUUCGGACGACGGCAACUUCUUCACGUGGGACCGCGAGUCGGGCAAGGUGACGGGCAUCUGGAAGGGCGACGACAGCGUCGUCAACGUCAUGACGCCGUCGCCUACGCUUCCGGUCGUCGCCAUUAGCGGCAUCGAAGAAACGGUGAAGCUUUUUGGCCCGACCUCGGAUCUCGCCGCCGCCGAGAAGGCCAACCUCGCCAAGGACUACGAGCGGAUCAAGGCGCGCAACGCUCGUGGCGAGACGGGCACAAGCUUCCCUCGCAUCGCGCCCAACGACUUCUUGUCGUUCAUCCUCGCAAACAUGAGGGCGGGGGAGGGAGAUGAGGCGGAGGACGAAGAUGCAGAGGAAGGAUCGCCACCGGCUCGUCGACCGAUGCGCCGCAUCCGCAUCGUCCGUGGCGACCCGGACGACCCUGCGUCGGCGGAUUGCGCCAUCAUGUGA